CCUCCUCCCACCACCAUCAGCACCAGAGCGUUCAUAUCCGCCAGAGCAGGACAGCCAGCGCCCCAGCCGUCUCCCAGCCAUGUCCAGCCAGCACAACACCCCCUUCGACACCUUCGACGGCCCCUUCGCCAAGCAGCAGCAGCCUGGCUUUGACUUCUUUUCAUUCCAGUCGCCCUCCGACAUCCUCGCCCCACACCCGGACCUGUUUGAACUCGAGCUAGACUCGAGCCUCGCAGGCGUCAACGAGGUUCAGCUGCAGCUCCUCGCAGUCGACUCCAACGAUGCCUUCAAUAUUCUCAGGUCGGAUACCCCCACGUGUGGCCCGCCCUCCGCCAUAACAGUCUCCUCCGAGUCCGGCUACGACUCGCUCUCCUCGCGCUCAGAGUCCGUCUACUACGGCGCGCACUCCGCGUACGAAUCCCCCCACUCUAACUACGGGUCGAACUACUCGUUCCGCACCGACCACUCCCUCGAGUACGACCAGCGCAUGCAGGUUGAUGCCAUGUCGGAAUAUACGGGCGCUCAAAUGCAUGCCAAUUCGGGUACAAUGGACCCCGCAGCCUCGCUUGCUGCGCUCCCCAACGGUCCGCAGCGCGGCUCAGGGGGCCAACUGGAGAGGCGCUAUACGAAGGGGUUCGAGACGCGCACGAGCUUCUCCGACUACGGGUCGCCUCGCCGCAGCAGCAUGCACCCGGAGUACUAUGCUCAGCAACAGCAGAUGGCAUAUAAUGUCCCGCAAAUUCCGAUGCUCAACCAGCACGUCGAGGACAUGGGGAACCACAGCGAUCCUCGCAAGAAGUACAAGUGCCCGGCCUGCCCUCGAGGCUUUGCCCGCGCCUACAACCUAAAGACGCACAUGGCGACCCACGACCCGAACAGGCUCAAGCCCCAUGUAUGCCCUCACCACAAUUGCGGUCGAUCCUUCAGUCGCAAGCACGACCUAGGCCGCCACCUGGUGUCCAUCCAUCGCCAGAACGGCAGCGAGGGUCCGAGUGCGGUAGCGAAGAAGGCCAUCGGCGUCGACAAGGGCCCCCGCGGCUGGUGCGACGACUGCGGCAAGGGCUGGGUUGGCAGCGCGUCCACCUGCGAGUGCCACGACGACGCCAAGUGAAUACGGAGCCACAACACGUUAGCCUCUCGUACCUCUCAACCCACCCACCCAC